AGCGUCGACCAGUGCCAGCUCUCUGCACCGCCGCGUUCUGACACAGCACAGGCCGGGCAUUUUCUUCCCCACAGCUGGAGCUGAGCCUGAUUUAUGGCCUGAGAUGCCCCACGACGCACCUGGUAUAUGGCUUUGAUGUGAACACAGUGGCAGUGCUCCCUGCUCUUCUUUGAGAGCUGUACUGUAUUCGUCCCCUCACCACACUCUUCCCAAGGCACAGAAUGGAGUUUGCAGAGUUGAUAAAGACCCCCCGGGUGGAUGGUGUGGUCCUGCACCGGCCCUUUCUCCCCACCGUGGAAGGAACUCUGUGUUUAACCGGCCACCAUCUCAUCCUGUCCUCGCGCCAAGACAACACUGAGGAGCUCUGGCUGCUCCAUGCCAACAUUGACGCUAUUGAGAAGAGGUUUGUCGGCUCUCUCGGCUCAAUUAUCGUGAAAUGCAAGGACCUGAGGAUUAUUCAGUUGGACAUACCCGGCAUGGAGGAGUGUCUCAACAUCGCAAACUCCAUUGAAGCAUUGUCAACACUCGAUUCAGCCUCCCUGAUGUAUCCUUUUUUCUAUCGGCCCAUGUUUGAGAUCAUCGACGAUGGGUGGCAGUUGUUUUCACCAGAAGAGGCCUUCAGAGAUCUAGAAUCGAUGACGGACGAGUGGAGGCUUAGUGAAGUGAAUAAAGAUUUCAUUGUUUGCUCCUCCUACCCUUCGUUGGUGGCUGUACCCAAGGAAAUAGAUGAUGACACACUGUGCAAAGCUGCCGCGUUUCGCCACGGCGGACGCUUCCCGGUGCUCAGCUACUACCACAAGAAGAACGGCAUGGUGAUGAUGCGAGCAGGGCAGCCUCUGACUGGCACAAAUGGACGCCGCUGUAAGGAAGAUGAGAAGUUGAUCAACGCUACGCUCCGUGCAGGGAAACGUGGCUACAUCAUCGACACGCGCACUGCUGCUGUAGCACAGCAGGCUAAGGCCCGUGGAGGCGGAUAUGAACUGGAGGCAAACUACCCACAGUGGAGGAGAAUCAACAAGGCUGUAGAGAGGUCGAAUUUUCUACAGGAGAGCUUGAUAAAGCUGGUGGAGGCGUGUAAUGACCACUCGAACAGCAUGGACCGCUGGCUUAGCAAACUGGAGGCCUCCAACUGGCAGAGUCAUGUUAAAGAGAUCCUCACCACUGCUUGCCUGGCUGCUCAGUGCAUUGAUAGAGAAGGUGCAUCUGUGCUCGUCCAUGGAACAGAAGGCACUGACUCCACACUGCAGGUCACUUCUCUAGCCCAGAUCAUUUUGGAUACAGGCUGCAGGACAAUUCGGGGCUUCCAGGCUCUCAUAGAGCGUGAAUGGCUGCAGGCAGGUCACCCGUUCCAGCAGCGCUGCACCCAGUCUGCGUAUUCCAACGGGAAGCCGAGGAGUGAAGCGCCUGUGUUCUUGCUCUUCCUGGACUGUGUGUGGCAGAUCCUACGCCAGUUUCCUUGCUCCUUCCAAUUUAAUGAACACUUUCUGGUCACUUUGUUUGAACACACCUACGCCUCGCAGUUUGGCACUUUCCUGGGAAACAGCGCAGCCGAGAGGGUAAAGUUGGAGCUCUGUCAAAAGACUGUGUCCCUGUGGUCAUGGAUGAACAGGCCCCAGGAGUUGGAGCGCUUCCUUAACCCUCUAUAUGAGGCCAACAGUCUUGUGAUCUGGCCAUCUGUAGCUCCGCAGAGUCUGCUGCUGUGGGAGGGAGUGUUCCUACGCUGGAAUCGCUCAAGCAAAUGUCUGGACGAGGCAUACGAGGAGAUGGUCCAUAUUAUCGAAUACAAUAAGGAGCUACAGAAUAAAGUGAACAGCCUCCGGAGACAGCUUGCUCAACUAGAGACUGAGGACGGCCCUCUACAGAGUCCGUAGAUAUGCAUCUUGAUCUUACUGAGAAAAUCUGAACGGAGCCAUUCAGAGUUUUGGGGGUUCCUAUUCAGCACUACUGAAAUUUAUUCUGACCCGUUCAUGCAUGCAUGUAUGUAGACACGUGUACACACUGACACGCAUCAGUCAAAGUCAGACACUCUAUCUAUGUGUAGAGGGUUUUUCUUUUUUCCAAUUUAUCCUCUCAUUUUUCUCUCUCAAAGUUCUCUUCACCCUUCAAUCAGUGCCAAUUCAGGUGCUUACACACUCCUGGAGAAAAUCUUUGACAUUAUUAAACAUAUUUGUAGCUGUUUAGCUACUUUACACACUAAGUUGAUCAGCUUGUACACGUGUAGGUGGUUGGAUGUGAGCAGCUGUAACCAAGUUUGCGGUUCUUUUUUUUUCACACAGAAAUGGAGGCUUUGGUCAGUGUUUGCCCAAAAGCAAUUUGCUUAAGAAAUGAUGUAAUAAGGGAAAUGCUAAAUGCUUUAGUUAGAGAAGUAGUAACUGUUCUGUUUAAAAAAAAGAAUCUUGUGGCUUUUGCACACUUUGUUUCAAAGUGCCGUGAUUUCCUGCAGCACAUAUACAUGUGCUUAUCACAAAAACAAACAAAAACUGAAAAUUCUUGUCAAUGUUGGUAAAUUCAAGACAUUCACCACAGGGUUUGACGGCACUUUACAUGCUGUGGUCAUCAUUCCUGUUUUUCUUAAAAAGCGUUCUUACCAAUCAAACGUAGACAUUCCUUGAUGUUGCAAUGGUUACACACACACACACACACACACACACACACACACACACACACACACACCUCUAAAACCAAUACUUAGUUACAUGUCCCUUGUGUCUGUGAACAGUACCGUGUCUGUGCUGUAGAUGCUGCACGUUAAAAAGCUAUUGUUUGUGGCGGUGUUGGUGAAUAAGACUUUCACAUUUGAUUACAGAUAAUGGUUUGAAGGUUUCUGGCUUUACCACUUUACCACAAAGUUAACACUUUAUUUGUAUAAUUAGGCCAUAUUGCUUAUCAUUUGGCCAGUAUUGUGUGCCACACCCACAUGAGUGUUGUCUGGGUUGUUCACAGAAUUCAUGCUGAUUUGUCUUGCUUUAAGGGAUGUGAAGUGUCAUGCGUUCAGUGGCAACAGUUUAGAGACAGUUUAUUUGGAUGUGUGUUGUACUGUAUAUAUUCACAGUUUGACAGAAAAAGCAUGUUUAGGGUAAUGUUGUGUUUUUUUUUUUUUUUUAAUGAAUAUAUAAAUUCCUCUGUGCAAUGCAUCUCCUAAGAAAGUAAACAUGCUUUUUUUAACCUAAUUUCAUUGAUUUGUAUUUUAGCGAUCAAGUGCAUCACAUGUUCAUGUACAUUAUCUUUGUUUUAUUUUUUGGGCAUUAAAAUGUUCUGUUGGUGCAUAACCUGAUUAAACAAACACUUAAUAAAGUUAUAUCAUGGUAUUA